AUGUCGGCUUUGAAUAGCCUUGUCCCUGCUCGCUUCCUCACCAUCAUAGCUCAUCUGGUCAUUGUCAUUACUAUAUUUUGGUCACGGGAACAUAAUGUAAAAGCGUGUCUGCCUUUGGAGUACACCCAGGAACAAUAUGAUGAGGAGGACAAGAGAUUGGUGGUGGGGCUGGGGGUCACACUCGGCCUGUUUGCCAUAGAGUUGGCUGGAUUCUUCUCAGGAGUCUCCAUGUUCAACUCCAGCCAGGGGCUCUUAUCGAUUGGAGUUCAUGCCAGUGCCUCCGUAGCUCUUCUUUUCUAUCUGUUUGAGCAGUGGGAGUGUAGCGUCUACUGGUGGAUCCUUGCUAUUUGCAGUGUCCUUCCAGCCUGUGUGGAGAUCGCAUUGUUUAUUACAGUGUUUGGAUUUAAGAAAAAGGCUUCAUAG